AUGAACCAAACAGAGAGUAGUGUGAACAGGCAGGAUACCGGCAGGAGACGAGGUAAGGCUCAGAGCAGCAGCAGACCACAGGAUACAAACAACAGCGGCCAGAGUGGUUCAGGGAAGACUGAAGCUACCAAGCUGAUAGUGCACUACCUCAGCUCCAUGUAUCAGGGCAGAAACGACAACCUGCGACAGCCAAUGGAGGUCUUUCCCAUCCUGGAGAGUUUCGGAAAUGCCAAGACCAUCCUCAACGACAACUCCAGCCGCUUUGGCAAGUACCUCCACAUCCACAUACUCCAUGGAGUUGUUGUAGGGACCUCGUUGUCCAAAUAUCUCCUUGAGAAGUCCAGGGUUGUCUUUCAGGCCAAUGAGGAGAGGAACUACCAUGUGUUCUAUGAGCUGCUGGCAGGUAUGAACGACUGGGACAAACAGGAGGUCUACCUACAAGGAGCCGAGACCUAUUACUACCUAAACCAAGGUGGUGCCUGUGAAUUGAAGGGGAAGCAGGACAAGCAGGACUUCCAGCUUUUGGUUCAUUGCUUUGAGACCAUCGGCCUGCAUGCUGACCAGAUCUCCACCGUCUGGGCCAUCCUCUCCUCCAUCCUGCAGCUCGGCAAUGUCUGCUUUAGCUCAUACGAGAGCGAGUCAUUCGAGGUGGCUUGUAUCUUAAGUGAGACUGAGACCAGGAGGGUUGGCUCCUUGUUGCAGAUUUCCUCCGAGGCCCUGCAGACUGUCAUCACUCACAGAGUCACAGAGACGACCUACGACAGGAUCUACUGCCCUCUGUCUGUGGAAAGUGCCAUAGAAUCCAGAGAUGCCAUUGCCAAAGCCUUGUACUCAGUGCUGUUUGACUGGCUGUUGGAGCAGAUCAAUGACUGGCUGAGCCCCACAGAGAUGGACAGCACAGUGGGCGUAGUCGACAUCUACGGGUUUGAGGACCUGGGAGUGAACAGCUUUGAGCAGCUGUGUAUCAACUUUGCCAAUGAGCAGCUGCAGCACUUUGUCAACAAGGCAGUGAUCUCCCAGGAGCAGGAGGAGUAUAGUGCAGAACAGAUCCAGUGGUAUCCAAUGCCUCUCAAGAACUUACACUCCUGUCUGGAGCUGAUCUCCUCCAGACCGCACGGCAUACUCCGCAUACUGGACGAUCAGACCUGCCUCCCCCAGGCCACUGAUCACACCUUCCUCCAGAAGUGCCACUAUCACCAUGGGAACAGCCCUUUCUAUGCCAAGCCCAAGAACCCACUGCCAGUCUUCACUGUCUAUCACUAUGCUGGAGCUGUCACUUAUCAGGUUCAUAAUUUCCUGAAUAAGAACCACGACCAGUUCAGGACAGAAGUGGUGGAGCUUUUCGCCAGGAGUCGGCUAAAGAUGGUGUCGGUGCUGUUCCGGAAGGUUCAGGAUGGUUACAUUCAGCAGCGAGAGCUUGGCUGGAGAGGGAAGGGUCUCCGCCAGCUGCCCUCUACUGCUGCUUCCCACUUCCUUCAGUCGCUGAAUGAGCUCACCGCUCGCCUGGACAGAUGCAAAACCACUUUUAUUCGUUGUCUGAAGCCAAACUACGUCAAGCUUCCUGGGAUCUUUGACGUGGACUAUGUGUUGGCCCAGCUGAGGCAUGCUGGGAUGUUGGAGACCAUCCACAUCAGGAAAGAGGGUUUCCCCAUACGGAUACAGUACUCCUACUUCAUCGAGAGAUACGGGGUUCUGCUGAGCCAGCGGCUGAGUGAGGUGUCAGACAAAGAGCAGUCACUGGCUCUGCUGGACAUGGUGGGUGCCGAGGAGGGACAGUACCAGCUGGGACUCACCAAGCUGUUCCUCAAGGAGCUUCUGUACCAGCAGCUGGAGGAAAAGUGGAACAGCACCCAGACCUGGGCUGCCAUCACCAUCCAGAGGAACAUCAGAGGCUUCAUCUGCAGGAGGAACUUCAGGUUCUUCAAGGAGAAAGCCAUCGUCAUCCAGAGCCACAUCCGGGGACACCAGGCCAGGAAGCAGUACAAGCGUCUGAGGCAGUCCUUCACACAGUUCUGGGCGGUGAUGAUGAUAACGAGGGACACCAUCAAGAGACGCCAUUGGAGGAAGGAAUUUCACGAGAAGAACAAAGAAAAGGCAGUGGCAAAGACUAAGUCCGUUUCUCUAGGAAUGGAUGUGGGGCUGUUGGAGAUCCCUGCUGAGCUGUCAGCCAGACUUCGCAGUGCAGCAGGGCAGCAGCAUGCAUCAGGGGUCACAGAGGUGGCCCCUCCACAGGUGAAGGCAGAACACAAGCUCAGCCUGCCUCUGGAUGUAGACAGAUACCCAUUCUCUCGCUAUGCCAAGUCCAUAUUAAAGGAUACAUGGUGCCAGCCUCAGGGCUACCCCCUCCAGAGAUCCCUCACCCCUCUGGAGCCUGAAGACGCCAGGACUGCCCUGGAGAUUUACAAACUGAUCUUGCGGUUUACAGGUGAGUCGGACCUCAGCGGCUGGCAGGAGCAGAUGCUGGGUAACUUCAUCGUGGAGAGGGGUCAGAGCCGGCCGGCGCUGCGGGACGAGAUCCUGGCCCAGCUGGUUUACCACAUGUGGGGCCUGCAGGAGGAGCAGGACAGUCGGAGGGGCUGGCUGCUGCUGGCCUGCUGCCUCAGUGCCUUCACCCCCUCACCAACACUGGACAAACCCCUGCUCAAGUACGUGUCUGACCACGGGCCGGGGGAGUACCGCUCACUGUGCCAACACAAACUACUGACAUCUCUGCGGCUCCCGGCUCCCACUGCCCGCAUCUACCCCCCCACCCAGCUGGAGUGGACCACUAACCAGAGGAAGGGCACCAUGCUGCUGGACGUGCACACCUUUAACGAUGAGAAGCUGACAACUGAGGUGGAGUCCUGGACUACAGGAGAGCAGCUAGCCUCAUGGCUCCUUCAUUUCAGAGGUGUGUCAGAGGCAGUGCAGGGCUGGUCAGUGUCUCUUCUGACCGAUGAUGGCUGGUCAGAUCUGGCUGGCUCGGACUUUGUCAUGGAUCUUCUGGCUGGCGCUGAAGCUGAAGUGCUGCCACCACCAGGGACUCCCUCCUCUACAAACUCCGACUACCUGUUCAGCAGCCAGGGAGCCAGGAUGCCAGCUACAGAUCUGGAUGACUUCAUUCCACCGGCGCCCCCCAUGCAAGCUCCUGGGCUGCCUCCUUUUGAGGGAAACCCCUGGGGAAGGGAUUAUCCUCAGGAAGGCCGUGGGAGACAGAUGGAUGCCUACGUUGAUGACUUGUUUGACCCUGUACUGGACCAAGGACCUCCGGACAUGGAAAGAGUAGCCAUGCUAAACCGCAGGAUGAGAGGAGGAGGAGGGAUUGGACCCAUGUAUGGAUCUGGAAUGCCCAUGACAAUGCCAGGCUAUCCUAUGGGAAUGGCGGUUAACCCUUCAAUGACCAGCUAUGGUGCAACUCCCAUGAUGCCAACCAUGCCAGGCAUGAUGAUGCCUCAGAUGCCUCCCAUGCCUGCCCCGCCUGUCGCUGACCCCAUGCAGAUGGCAGCAUCACAGCAGGCUCUCAUCAACCAGCAGGCCGUUCUCAUGGCCCAGCAGAUGACCAUGCAGGCCAUGACUCUGUCCCAGCAGCAGACACAGGAGCAGCAGAGGAAGCAGAAGGAGCAGGAGAAGAAGCAGAAGGAGUGGGAGAGAAAGCAGGAGGAGCAGGAGAGAAAGAAGGAGAAGGAGAGACAGCAGAGACGAAAGUCCGAGCGACGGUCAAGGGAACGCUCACGCUCACCCUCUCCCUCCCCCUCCCCCUCCUGUCGAACUCCAUCACCCCCACCUGCCAAGCCCAAGGCACCUGUAUCUAAACCUGCCUCCAGCUACAGGAAGCCUGAGCCAGAGGUACCAGAGAGAGACGUGGACUUACCAGAUCCAGAUGACCUGCACUCUGUCAGAGACAAGACGGAAUACUUCCAGAAGAUUGGCAUUCAGCCCCAUGGUGAAUCCAAAACCUCAAAGCCUCGGCCAGCCCCCUCCAGCCCGCCCAGACAGCAGCAACCCUCCCCGCCAUUACCAGCUCCAUCACCCCCGCCUACAGCACCGAAGCCUGAGGUGAAGCGUCUCCACACCCCUCCAGCCAGAGAGGUAGACCCCCCAAAAGCAACACCUGCCCCGGCUCCUCUCGCCAAGCCUCAGCCCCAACCCACCUCCAACAUUCGGGAAAUCAUCAAAAUGUAUAACAGCCGGCCCCAGCCAGAACCCAAACCCUUUGAGCCUGUCAGACCUCCUGCACGGCAUUUCAAAAAGAAGAAUGACCCCAAAGAGGAAGCUCUGGCCAAACUCAAAAACAUGGCACCAGUGACACAACAAAAGGAGUGGGGGCCAGCCCCGCCUAAGAGGGCCCCACCCCCUCCCAGGACCCCCUCCCCACAGCCCUCUCCUCCCUCCACCAGGGGGCCCCGCGUCAUCUCCAGCAACAUGAAGCAGAAACAGCGCUCCCUGGAGGACCUGUUCGGCUCGCAGCGCUCCCAGCACCCUCCGCCUGCUCCUCCCGAUUCGCCGCCCCCUCCUCCACACCCAGCACCCAUCCUUCAGGACAUCCCCGACCCGCCUCCCAUGGCCGCCCCGUCUCUCAAUAUGAUGCAAGAUGAAGAUGCGGAGGGCAUUCGCUCCCAGCUCCACCGCUUCUCUGCUGGAGUUUACUUCUCUUACUCCAAGAUGCCGGGAAAACUGUUCCUGCGAAAAGAAGUGUUUUACCCCCGAGAGAUGUUCAACCGGCCCUACCUUCUCAAUCUGUUAUGUGAACAGAUUAUGAGGGACACCUACUCUGACAGCUGUGUGAGGAUCAGCAGAGAGGAGAGGAGGAAGAUGAAGGACCUGCUGGCAAAUUUCAAUGUGGGAAUGACUAUAAGCACCAUCCAGAACGACAUCAUGAAGAAGAGGAUUGUCAUUGCUGCUCGAGACAACUGGGAGAACUACUUCACCCGCCUGUUCCCUGUGAAGUUGGACAGUGGGGAUGCUCAGGUUUUGGGUGUGUCUUAUCGUGGGAUUCGUCUCCUGAAAAUGGUCAGAGCAUCAGGCAUCAACCCCAAACACCUCCAUCUGCUCAGAAGCUACAGUUUUGCAGAGUUGCUGUCCGUUGACCUGCAGGGUGCAGACAGAGUGGAACUGGAGCUGAAGAGUGAACAGUUGGUGCUGCAGUCAUCCAGAGCACCGCAGAUCACCGCCAUGAUUCGCAUCUUCCUCGAGGAGCUCAUCAGGGACUCAGGCUAUGUGGUUGCCCUGAAGAGCUUCAUGACGGAUGACAAAAGUCUGCUCAGAUUCAGCAAAGGUGACAUCAUCAAACUGCAGCCAAUGGAAGGACUUCAGACAGGCUGGUGUUUUGGCUCCAAAGGAGGUCGCUCUGGUCUCUUCCCAGAGGACCUCACCCAGCCAUCUGCGGCCCCAGACUACCACUGUAUACACCUUGAACGACGAGAUGACAGGAGGAAAAGCAUGAGGGGCACUAGACCUGUCAGUCCAUCCAGGGGCCCGUCUCCAGGUCUCAUCAGCAAACACACGGGCAGCACUGAUUCAGGGCGACCCCGCAGAGAGGCCUCGGCCCCAGGAUCGGUUCAGAGAUCAGUCCAGAGCUCACUCCAGGGCUCAGUCCUUGACUUGGAGAUCCUCUCAGGCAUGGCUGAAUUUGCCAUGAAGUACUUUAGAGCGGGGACUACAGGUCUGCCAGUAACUGGAAGGAAUUUUUCAGAGGCGGUUCAACACACAGGGGUUCCCAUACAGGAGUCUCUCAUUCUGUACAAUGAUCCUGAAAUCAAUGAUUUAUCUGUCCAGUGCUUCAUGAACCUGAUGCAGUUCAUGGAUGACAUGCCAAUGAAGAAGAAUAACACCCAGUUAGACUGCAUGCGCCACAUCUUACUGUUAGGGAAGGAAAAGGAGCUGCUGAGAGAUGAAAUCUACUGCCAGGUCAUCAAGCAAACCACCAACAACCCAACCAAAUCUUCCUGUACCCUCGGCUGGCGGCUGCUCAACGUGACGACCGGCUUCUUCCUCUGCUCUGGUACUCUGCAGCCGUAUGUCGCGCGUCACCUACGCGAAAUCUCUCAGGACUACGAACAUCCAUACCAAGAGCUGGCGUGUGUGUGUCAGGAUAACCUUCAGCGAUCGCUCCGUUUUGGCGGCCGCCGUAACAUCCCCUCACACGUAGAGAUGGAGGCCAUUCUGGCUGGCAAAACAUCUCGACGUUUUCCCAUCCAGCUGCCAGGAGGAGUGGAUUUCCCCGUCAAGAUACGCAGCUUCAGUAUGGCAGCCAAUGUGGUAACAGAGAUCUGUAAAGAAAUGGGCAUCUCAAAUCUCGCAGAAUUCAAAGAGUUCUCCAUCAUCGCCAACCGACAUGGAGAUGGGAUCAUCCGUCCCCUCCAUGCUGAGGAGUAUCUGUUUGACUUCCUGCUGGACGACGGCUCCAUCUUCCUGUCCCUGAGAAGAGUGCUGUGGAGUCAGCCUCUGUCCUUCAACAGUGACCUCUACGUGGCGUUCCACUACCAGCAGCUCCUGGGUGACUACCUGAGUGGGCAGCUGUCGCUUGCAUCUGCUGCAGGUGGUUCCUCAUCCGUCCAGCAGAUAGCAGAGCUGGCAGCCCUGCAGCACGUGGCUCAGGGACUGAAGGAUCUGCCCUCACUGCCGGAGAUGAAGGAGUACCUGCCCUCACAGGACGGCCUCAGCAAGAAACACGAAGAGAUCCACUCCUUCUGUCUGGCCCACAUAGCUGCCAUGCACACCCUCAGCCCUCAAGACGCCAAAAUACAAUUCAUUGAGUUUCUGAGCACCCUGCCUCUGUUUGGCUCCAGCACUUUCUUGGCCCAGAAGGUGAGCCAGCGGGGCUGUCCCUCCCCAUGCAUGGUCAGCAUCAGCCAGGAGGGGGUGCUGUUCCUUCACCCCAAAACACAGGAGCGAGUGUUUCUGAUUCCUCUGGUGGACGUGCAGUCCAUGCGCACCAUCCGUCCCAAGAAGCAAAGCAAAGUGCCAGCUGUGGACAUCAACUAUGGCGAUCCAAGCCGACCCAAAACAGUCACGCUUCAUCUCAAACAGGCUAAGGAGUUGUGCCACAUCCUUGCUCUGAUAAUGGAAGAGUUGAUCCGACCAUCAGUCACCAGCUCCAUUUCAAAUCACCAGUAGAGAGAGAGAAAGAGAGACACACACACACACACACACACACACACACACACACACACACACUGACAGACGCACACACAGAGACAGACACACACACACACACACAUACCU